GGUCACGUGGUGCGGGUCCGGUUUCCUCGAAGCGCUCUCCAAAACCACGUGACGCAGUUCUCCGUGGUGUCAGAGUGGAAAGGAAACAGGUGUUAUUUCUUUGUAAAUACUGUUAUUUGUAUAUACUGUAAAUGAUGACGUCCAUGGGCGGGAACCGAGUCCGGGGCAGCUGGGAGCAGACACAAGGCCAGACACAGAGCCAGACACAGCACAAGCAGAGGCCUCAGGCCACCGCAGAGCAGAUAAGACUCGCGCAGAUGAUUUCAGACCACAACGAUGCAGAUUUUGAAGAAAAGGUUAAACAGCUGAUUGACAUCACUGGAAAGGACCAGGAUGAGUCUAUGAUCGCGCUGCAUGAUUGCAACGGGGACGUCAACAGAGCCAUUAAUGUGUUGCUGGAGGGUAGCCCAGACACUGACUCCUGGGAAAUGGUGGGUAAGAAGAAAGGGGUGUCGGGUCAAAAGGAGACCAGCCAGGCAGAAACCGGAGAAGAAGGCAAGGAGAACAGAGAGAAAGGAGGAGAGAAAGAUGCAGCACGUCGCCGAGGUGGAGCUUCGCGCAGGGGUCGCGGAGCAAGCAGGGGACGAGAGUUUCGUGGUCAGGAGAACGGCUUGGAUGGAGGCAAAGCCGGGAUAGCUGGAAGAGGGGCGGAGCGGGGUCGAAGGGGCCGAGGCAGAGGACGGGGAGCUGUUGGAGUUUCCGGACGGAGAGGAGGCAGGUUUUCAGCGCAGGGCAUGGGAACAUUCAACCCUGCUGAUUAUGCAGAACCAGCCCAAACGGAAGAAGGCUACGGAGGAGGCAGCGCCUGGAACAACACAGGGAACGUCGAGCCGGAGGAGGGGGCCGGCUUGGAGUAUUCUCCAGGCGAAGGAACAAAUAAUCCCCCUAAGUUUGACUCCGCUUCCGGUGCCUGGAGGUCUGCCCAGGAGGAGUGGGGUACCGAGGACUGGAACGAGGAUCUGUCAGAAACCAAGAUUUUCACUGCUUCCAGCGUGGCGUCGAUUCCGAUGCCUCAAGAGAAUGUUACAAUCACCAAAGGACAGAGGAUUGACCUUGCGGUGCUGCUUGGAAAGACCCCACCUACGUCCUCCUCAGAGACAGAGAACACCCCCAUGGAGGCCACCCAACCCCCCUCUCUGUCUCAGUCUCUGGUCUUUAGUAACUCCAAACAGGGAGUCCCACUUUCCCAAACAUCCUCCAACCCUCCUUAUUCCCAGCACAACAUGGUCAGCAUGCUGAGCAAAGGAUUUGGAGAUGUCGGAGAGCCUAAAGGAGCGAGCACAGGGACCACUGGUUCUCAGUUCCUGGAGCAGUAUAAAACCGCCCAGGCGCUGGCUCAGCUGGCUGCACAGCACUCCCAGACUGGACCUUCCAAUACUGCUGCUCCAUCCUGGGACACAAGUGCAACAUCACUGGGACAAUAUGAAAUGAAGACUCAGCCGGAGUCUGGGAUCCACUCUCCCUUUACAAAGCGACAGCCGUACCAGGCUCCCUCCUCAACCACCUCCAUGUUGGAUGUUUUCCUGCAGGACAAAGGGCUGCCUCCUUCCUCGUCUUCUUCCUUACCGCAACAAACCACGUCCUCGCCCCACGCAGUGCCGCCACCCGCAUCCUCCCUUCCCAAAAUGACAGCCGUCCCUUCUCUAGGUCAGCAAGUCUCCCCAAGCUCCUCAGACAACCCGGGUUCGAGUCCACUGCCUCUACAGCAUCACAAAAUCAAACAGCAGAAGAAGAGAACCUCCAUUAUGACAAAGAUUCCGGCGAUGGCGGUCGAGAUGCCCGGCUCCACGGACAUCUCUGGCCUCAACCUUCAGUUUGGGGCAUUGCAGUUUGGGUCAGAACCAGAGUACGAAUCCACCCCUCCCACCACCACGCCAGGCAGCCAAGUUCAGAACAGCUUGUACACAAGUCCCAGCAGCGAGUCAACCCCGGCUCUCUCUAACUCAAACCAAAUGGAAAUGUAUGACCAGAGAGUGUCUCAAACACGUCGGUACCCGCCCUCGGUCUCAUCGUCUCCUCAGAAGGACAUGCAGUCCAAGAAUGGCUUCAGCUCAAUACAAGCAGCUCAGAAUGUGGAAGGCUCAGCAGGACCUGUGAAGUCUGCUUCUGAUUCAGUCACACCAUCAUCUGUCUCCAGCAUGGGCACUUUAGCAGACAGCAGCUCAGGCCCCGCCUCCUUAAUGACCACAUCCAAUCAGGCGGCCCUCAGUGCUCUUGGGCACAAUGAAGACCUGCCCCCAAACUCCAUCCCUCCUCCUCAGCACAACAACUCACAUCCUUCCCAGCAGAACAACCUCGCUCCACCGUCGGUGCGGACGUCUAACUCGGGCUUACUGCAUCCUAGUGUAGACGGUGACAUGAGUCUGCAUUCCUCCUUCCCUUCCUCUGUCUCAGCCGUUCCACCUUCAUCGGUUCCUUCCUCCUCUUCUUCCAUGGCCGCUGCUCAGGUUUCACUAGGGGCCCCUCAGGCCCCCUCAGUGGGCCCCGUUACGGUGUCGACCCCUUCUGGUCAGGGGCCUGUCAGCAGCCUGGCUAUGGGGCUCAACCCUGCCUCCAUGGUGGCCCCAUCAGCAGCGCCCGUCGCUGUUUCAGUCUCUGCAACCUCCUCCACCAUUCCCUCGUCGGCGCCUUCAUCUUCAUCACGCAGCUCUGCAGUAUCCUCAGGGAAAGCACCUCCAAACCUGCCACCUGGAGUGCCCCCCCUACUGCCCAACCCAUACAUCAUGGCUCCUGGACUACUGCACGCCUACCCCCCUCAGAUGUACGGUUAUGAUGACCUACAGAUGCUGCAGACGAGGAUCCCGUUGGAUUAUUACAGCAUUCCAUUUGCAACUCCCACGACGGCACUGACGGGCAGAGAGGGCGGUCUGCCCGGCAACCCCUACUCUGGUGACUUGUCAAAGUUCGGGCGAGGCGAUGCGUCGUCGCCUGCUCCGGCCACCACGUUAGCUCAGACGCAACAGAAUCAGACCCAGACGCACCACACCACCCAGCAGCCCUUCCUCAACCCGGGGCUGCCGCCCGGCUACAGCUACACGAGUCUGCCGUAUUACACUGGCAUGCCGGGCCUGCCCAACACCUUCCAGUACGGACCUGCCGUGUUCCCGGUGGCUCCUACCUCUUCGAAACAGCACGGUGUGAAUGUUGGCGUGAACGCAUCGGCCACACCCUUCCAGCAGGCGAGUGGCUACAGUUCCCAUGGAUACGGCACUGGCUAUGAGGAUGUGGGCCAGGCUUCAGGGAGUGGGGAUUUCUGUAAGGGCGGAUACGGCACUGCCGUGGCCGCCGCUGCUUCUGCUCAAAACAAGCCAGCCAGCUCCGUCACCGGGCCUGGAGUCGGAGUUUCUGUGACUUCGAGCAACACAGGAGUACCGGAUAUUUCAGGGUCUGUUUACACAAAGACACAGUCGUUUGAGAAGCAGGGUUUCCACGCCGGGACGCCAGCAGCUUCGUUUAGCCUCCCAUCGGCGCUGGGGAGCGGGGGACCCAUCAACGCCCCGGCUGCUGCGGGGUACGCUCCGGCCCCCUUCAUGCACAUUCUGGCUCCGCACCAACAACCCCACUCCCAGAUUCUACACCACCACCUGCAGCAGGACGGACAGAGCGGAACAGGACAACGCAGCCAAAACGCCUCCAUUCAGCAGAAAUCCCAGAUCAACAAGGCGACAUACAACAGUUACAACUGGGGGGCCAACUAACAUCACCUGACCCGUCCUCUUCCCUCAGUUUCCAUGAGCUGAGAGGCGGAGAGGGCUCAUCACUCCUCCUGCAAACAAGCCGCCUCCUCCCUCUCCAGCCUCUUGGCCCAGCACUCCCACAGCCCAGAGAGGAGGUGCUGGGCAGAGCGAGAGCGCCGUUCACUCAGGAUGGGAGGGGCUUGGAAAUGAGAUCCAAAUGGUUAGAAAAAUCCAGAGGAGACAUUCUGAGUGUUGGGAAAUUAUAUCGUCAUAACCACCCCCCACUCCCCGCUGCACCAUUCUUGAUCUUUAACAUGUAACAUAGAACUGUUUUCUAAAAGAAUGAACAUUUCUUGUAUUUUUCUUUUAUUUUCCUUUUAUUUUAUUUUUCUGGCCAAAGGGAAGGAAUGAAGUAGUACCCAAACAUGGGAGGGGGGGGGUCUGGUUGUGUACUUCUCAUCCUCUCGUCUCUUAAAUGUCGACGGAAACGUCCGACAUAAAAGACCCCUGACAUAUUUACUUUCAAAUGUUUUUUUUUCUCAACUUUUUUUGUCGUUUUAAGUUUGAAGAAACGUUUCUCUGAAUUGGAAGAGUUGUGAAGUUUAUUUUUUACCAGAUAUAGAUAUAUUAUAUAUAAAGACAUAUUAAACAAAGCUCAGUGGCUCAGACUGUGAGGAGUGUGUUGGUCAUGUGACUGCGUGCAUGUUUUUUUCGGGGUUUUUGUUAUCCAACAGUUGUACAGUUACUGUCCCCCUGAAUCAGAAACAACUUUGCUUAUGGCUGGUCUUAUUUUGAAAGAAUGAUUUAAAGGGUCACAGACACAAUCUGCGCCCCCCCCCCCCCCCCCCCCCCCCCGCUUCACCUCCUUGACCCCCAACAUUGUAAAGAAACCUGCAGCGUUGAACACUGAUGGACAGAAUUGUACUCUUUUUGUCAGUGGUUUAUUAUUUUCCUUUUUGUACUGUGCGUUUUAAAAGAUUUAAAUGGAUAAAAUUGUCUUGUACAUAUAUAAAAACACAAGUACUGUAGUCCCUGUCCGUCAAUGGCUUUCUUCUUUUUUUCCUUUUCAAAUUCUUGCAGACUUGUUAGCUUUUUUGUUUCAUUUUUUUAUUUUGUAAAAAUAUAUAAAUAUUAAGUAAAUAAACAAAGACGUUUUCAUCAUUUUGGAUGUUAAUGUCUUUUAAUAAACAAUUUCUUGUGGCUUGUG